CGAAUCAUAAAUGCAAAACACUUUUCUCAUUCUAGAAUUUAUUACUCUUUUCUUCACAAAGUCACCAAAAAAGCAGAGGAGGAAGAAGAAGGACGAAGAAAGAAUACUCAGCUCUUGAUUUCGCUUCCUUCUCAAGCCAUCUUGAUUACCAUUUCUUUUGUCUCUCUCUCACUUCUCUCCGAAGAAAUCUUUUUCCUUCUUCUUUAAAUCAUAAGAAUCCUUCAGCUUACAAACACACCAUCAUCUCUUUCCGACAGACACGUACGAUCCAUCUGGUUUGUGUCUAAAAAGGUCUCUGGUUUUAUUUUAAGCUGUAACGGCUACGUAGCCUGAAGAAAGAUGAGAUUCCCUCCUUUGAGUUUUGUUCCAGUGCUUCUUCUUCUUCUUACACUACGGUGGGGGCUAUUCACGGAAGCGAUGAUCAACCCAGUUGAUUUCUUGGCUCUGCAAGCCAUACGAAAGUCUCUGGAUGAUCUGCCGGGUUCCAAUUUCUUCGACUCAUGGGAUUUCACCGGCGACCCUUGCACCUUCGCCGGAGUCUACUGCGACGGAGACAACGUCACCGCCCUUAAUCUCGGCGAUCCCAGAUCCGGGUCACCCGGUUUAUCAGGUCGGAUCGACCCGGCCAUCGGAAAGCUCUACGCUUUAACGGAGCUCACAAUCGUCCCGGGUCGGAUCAUGGGCUCCUUACCCGACACAAUCUCUCACGCAACGAAUCUCCGGUUCCUCGCAGUCACCAGAAAUUUCAUCUCCGGCGCGAUACCGGCGAGUCUCGGCGAGCUUCGCGGCCUCAGAACGCUCGAUCUGAGCUAUAAUCAGUUAACCGGGUCGAUUCCUCCGUCAAUCGGAUCCUUACCGGAGCUAUCCAGUUUGAUUCUGUGCCACAAUCACUUGAACGGAUCGCUUCCUCGGUUCCUCUCUCAGACACUGACCAGAAUCGAUCUCAAACGCAACAACCUCACCGGUGCAGUUUCUCCCACGUCUCUGCCUCCGUCGCUACAGUACUUGUCACUCGCUUGGAACCAGCUAACCGGACCAGUAAACCAGGUUUUACUCGGAUUAAACCAGCUCAGCUACCUCGAUCUCAGCUUAAACCGGUUCACCGGCGCUAUUCCCGGUCAGAUCUUCGGUUUCCCGAUCACGAAUCUCCAAUUACAGCGCAACUUCUUCUACGGCGCGGUUCAACCGGCGAACCAGGUGAAUAUUGCAACUGUUGAUUUAAGCUUCAACAGAUUCUCCGGCGAGAUUUCUCCGCUUCUCUCCAGCGUACAGAACCUAUAUCUGAACAAUAACCGGUUCACCGGUCAAGUCCCGGUUACCUUCGUGGAUCGGUUAUUGGCAUCGGGUAUUCAAACACUAUACCUUCAACAUAACUUCUUGACGGGGAUACAGAUUAGCCCGGCGGCGGAUAUUCCGGUGAGCAGCUCUCUUUGUCUUCAAUACAACUGUAUGGUUCCGCCGGUACAGACUCCGUGUCCGGUUAAGGCCGGUCCGCAGAAAACCAGACCCACAACGCAAUGCAACGAGUGGCGAGGGUAGUAAUGUCAUUUCUGGUGGUUAUGGGUUGCCGGGUCAAAUGCAUUUUUCUCCGGUUAUUUUGUUACAACUUUCGAGAUUCGAGGGCCGGGUCAAAUGUAUUUUUCUCCGGUUAUUUUGUUACAACUUUCGAGAUUCGAGGGUAAAAAGAAAAACUAUUCGUUUAUUCGUUGGUGACUUUGUGAUUUGAGAAUCAUAUAAUGCAAUGUAUGUUUAAUUUACGGCUGAGAAUCAUAUAAUGCAAUGUAUGUUUAAUUUACGGCUUCGAAUAAAACGAGCAACACCUAUGUAUUAAGUAA